AUGAAAGAAAUUCUCUUGUCGGCAGAAGAUGCUUCCAAACCUGAACUCACUCAUUUCCAAGUGAAUACCAUCUCGGCCUUGGAAUAUGAAGUAGUAGCACGAUGUGGACCCAAAGCUCGUGUUGGAAAAUUGAAAUUACCACAUCAUUUGGCGAAUACACCCAUUUUCAUGCCCGUCGGAACACAAGGUACCGUGAAAGGCUUAACCACUCAUCAAUUAGAACAACUCGGAUGUGAGAUUAUUCUCGGUAAUACAUAUCAUUUGGGAUUGAGACCUGGACCUGAAAUUCUGGAACAUGCCGGAGGACUUCAUAAAUUUAUGAAUUGGAAGAGAAAUAUAUUGACAGAUAGCGGAGGCUUUCAGAUGGUUUCAUUGUUGGAUUUGGCUGAUAUUACAGAGGAAGGAGUGAAUUUUCAAUCACCUCAUGAUGGAAGUCAAAUGUUAUUAACUCCAGAACAAUCCAUGACGAUUCAGAAUAGUAUUGGAGCCGAUAUUAUGAUGGCUCUUGAUGAUGUUGUGAGUACAGUCUCUACGGAUAUGGCCCGAUUUGAAGAGGCUACAUGGAGAACACUCCGAUGGAUUGAUCGAUGUAUUGCUAGUCAUAAGAGACCGCAUGAGCAGAAUCUAUUUGGAAUUGUUCAAGGAGGUCUCGAUGAAAGACUUCGAAAGAUUUGUCUAGAUGGGCUCAUUAAACGAAAUUUACCAGGUUAUGCAAUCGGUGGUUUGAGCGGAGGUGAAGAGAAGGAUAAAUUUUGGAGGGUGGUUUCCAUGUGUACAGAUUACUUGCCAGAUAACAAGCCAAGAUAUUGCAUGGGCGUGGGAUAUCCCGAAGAUUUAGUCGUGUGUGUGGCGCUAGGUGUAGACAUGUUUGAUUGUGUGUAUCCAAGUCGAACAGCUCGAUUUGGCACAGCUCUAGUUGCAGAUGGUGGAACAUUGAAAGUGAAAUCGAACGCAUAUCGAAUGGAUUUUGGACCGUUAGACCCUCAGUUGGAAUCUUCAUGCAUGGUGGAUGAAUGUUAUUCGAGAAGUUUUUUACAUAAUUUAUGUAAAGUGGAGCAAACUGGAUCACAAUUAAUGACCUAUCACAAUAUUGCAUUCCAAAUGAAUUUAAUGAAAAAUGUGAGAGAGUCAAUUGUGAAUGGAUCGUUUGAAAAAUUUGUGAAAGAUUUCAUGUUUUUAUAUUUUAAAAAGCAGAAAUAUCCAGAAUGGAUUGUGAAUGCACUUGGAUCUGUGGGAAUUAAUUUAUAA